AUGCACUGGGACCAGUUCAAGCACCUCUACAAGCAGCACUUCAAGGUGAUAAUAUUUGAAAAUUUAACGAACUUAUAAAAAAGUUCAAAGAAGAUUCUGUAGAUUUUGGUCUUAUUCCUCAUCAAAAUAAUCGUUUUUCAAGGUCAAUGCGGAUGUCCAACGUGACUUGAUCGAUGGCGAUUUCGACCUUUUGAAGUACAAGCUUCAGUGUCCAGAUUGUCGUUCCGGACGCGAUGGGGCUCGUGUCAAUGGCGUUCAACGUCAGUUUGAUAAUUUAUAUUCCGAAAAAGAACUUAAAAAGAAUAUAUAACAAUGAAAAAUGAGCGGAGUUGAUUUUGCGCGUGAGCAAUUGUUUGUCGUGCAAGCGGUGUAUGCACAAAGUGUUAGAUCUGACGCGCAUAUUUCAAAUUUGAAAAAUUUUGGGCCAAAUUUUCUUUUGAUUUCGUUAAUUUUGUUUUCAAUCAAUUUUUCGAAUCGUUUACUUUUUUCAAUUUUUAGGGUUCUCAUGAACAGUCUGAUGCUUAAUUAGAGAUCUCCCGAUUGAAAAUUUUCACAAAGUCUCUUUAAAAAAUAGAAAUUCCUAAUUUCACAAAUAAUCGCUGAUCGUUUUGAUGGAAAUCUCAAUUUUCAGAGAUCGUGACGUUUAAGAACGUGCUAUGUCCACAUCUGCGGUACGAAUGUGGCAGUACAAACGUCAGAUUUUUCGGUAAAAUAAAUAAUUAAGGAAAAAAAUUUUUGAAUUUUGCAAUUUUUCAAGGUCUGGCGAGGAAUGCUGGAACUGCUCCAGAUUUUCCACGACUCGAGGAACAACGUCAGAAAGUUGUGGGGCAUGGGACUGUUGCUAGGAUUCUUAGAGUUUGAAGAGGUUUUUUUUUUAACUUCUAGGACUUUCAAAGGCGCAAGCUCAUUUAAUUCACAACAAAUUUUAAAUUUAAGAGGAAAAAUUGGAUUUUCAGGUCGACAAUCUUCUGGCCAAGCACAAAAGCGCCCUCAUCAUGCGGCUUUCCUUUGUUACCGGAGGUUUAUCCAUGAAUUAUGACGUUUUGACGUAUAUAUAUUUUUAGGGACAAUUUGCUUCACUGUGAAGUCGACAGCACACACGAUUGAUGCCAAUGCGACGAAGCCACUACAUUUGGAGCCGUUGGAUUUGAAAAGGCUACAACAGAAAUGCCUCAAGGAUUAUUUGAGAGAUAUCGCUGAUGCGGAAAAGGUUGGUAGUUUCGGUGUUUUUUUCGAAUUUUAUUUUUAUAUAUAACGGUUAGAUUCAGGAAUAUUGAUUCAUUUUUGACUUUUUUUCUGAAUUUUUCCUGUCCUUAAGUUUAUACUUUUUUUCGAAUAGUCGAAGAUUUUUCUGCUGUUAUAGGUUUCAAAUCCAAAAAAAUAGUUCAAAAAAAUGUUUCUCUCUUUCUUUCCCUUCGAAAAAUUUCAGCUUAAUCACACUUGAACGGUCGGAGAAUAUUAAAAUUGUGAAAUACAAUUUUUUCUUUUAAAAUUUUUGGCUCAUCAGCCUAAUAAAUAUGUAUAGAUCGGUUUUUUAGUAGUUUCACGGCGUUCUUUUGACGACGCCCCUCCCACAAUUUCCGUAAUAUUUGACGUCUUUGGUGCAUACACAGAACGACGCUAACUCGCAUACUCAUUAAAUUCGAAAAUAAUUUUUUUCCUCGAAAAAUAGCGUUUUUUCAAAACUACAGACGUGAAAAAAAUCGAUCCUUUCACAAUUCCUUUUCUAGUUGACAAAAAAACAUUUGGGUGAAAGUUUUUCUUCUUUUCUAAACACUUUUAUACCUUUCACCCUCAAAAUUAGUUAUAGUCCUUUUUUCAGUGAAAAACGUGAAAUUUUGUGCCGAAAAUGACUUAUUGUGGUUCUAUGUGUCUUUCCCCACUUAUUAAAAAAAUUUAAAAAAAGUUUUUCUUUUACAGAUUUAGUUUAGUUCAUCCACCUAGUGGUAAUAUUUCUCCUCUGCAACAUCGCCAUACCAUUCUGAUGUUGCGAAAAUAAAGAGAUUGAUUGAUUUCCUAGAAGUCCGGAAGCUCAGAAACGCCUCCAAAAACUUGGGAAGAGAAAACUAAGAAAACGAGGUAUAGGUAGCGACCGCAAAGCCCCGCCCCUUUUCGCGAGGGAAAAAAGGCCAUUUUUUUGGUAUUCCGUCUUUGAUUGUUUCGUACAGCCGAUAGAAACAAUGAAAAAUGAUGAAAAUUUCAGCAUAAAUGUAGAAAAGGUUCCUCUUUCCGUUGAAAAGGUUUUUAGGUGCUUUUCAUGUGUUUCAACGGAGUGUCGUACGGAAUAGUGACGCGAGUUCGAAAAAUAAACUUAGUUUUGCGUUUUGAUAUUCAUCUAGGUCGCGGACAAAGGUUGA